CAACCUGUUCACUCUCGCGUUCCCAAGUGAAAGUUCUUUUCUCGCUCUUUUGGGUCUCUUUCUUCUGUGGUUGGGGUUCGUGGGCAGACGCAGUGCUUCCCAAGAACAAAGUGACAAAGCAGCAAAAGCCGAUUUCGACUUUUCUCGACUGCUGGCAGGCUGGUUGGAUUGCUUUCUCAACUGGGUCAAAGCAUUCAAUUGGGUGGUUGCGUUCCUGGGUGACAGCUCCUGUUGAAUUCACAAAACCCGCCCCCCACGAAGGUUUUUACACCGUAGACGAUAGGCGUCCCUUCUCUUUCUUUGUUUCUUUCACGGGCUUUGCUUGCUUCGGCCAGAGCUCUCUCUCUUUUCCUCUGUUUUUUCACCCCUCCUCUGGCCUUUUAUUUCUCUCCCCUUUAUAGCUGUUUCCGAAAUUGGGGAGCUUUGAGCUGUUCUUGUUAUCUCCUUCUAUUCACCCGCCCACCCUUUUGCUCUGUUGGGUGAGAGAAUAGGCGAGGUUGAAUUUUGGGUCCGUGUUUUCUUGAUUUCUGGUGAUGGGUUCUUGCUUGAGUUCUCAGAUCAUAGCUGAGAGUCCUCUCCACAAAGGGGUGAAUUUUUUUAAUCGUGGAGAUGGAAAUGAUUCGAGUGAUGCGAGCAGCAGGGCCUCCUCUCUUUCCGUACCUCAAACCCCUCGAACAGAGGGCGAGAUAUUGCAGUCGUCCAAUCUAAAGAGCUUCGCCUUUAAUGAUCUCAAGACGGCGACGAGGAAUUUCCGUCCGGACAGUGUGUUGGGUGAAGGAGGGUUUGGUUGUGUUUUCAAAGGGUGGAUUGAUGAGCAGACUUUUACAGCCGCUAGGCCUGGAACUGGCUUGGUGAUUGCGGUAAAGCGGCUGAACCAAGAGGGACUUCAAGGUCACAAGGAGUGGUUGGCGGAAAUCAACUACUUGGGUCAGCUGUAUCAUCCUAAUCUUGUGAAGUUGAUUGGUUUCUGCUUUGAGGAUGAGCAUCGCCUUCUUGUAUAUGAAUUCAUGCCUCGGGGAAGCUUGGAGCAUCACUUGUUUAGGAGGAGUUCCUAUCAUCAUCCGCUUGCUUGGAAACUGCGUAUCAAGGUUGCUCUUGGUGCUGCUAAGGGACUUGCAUUCCUCCAUGAUGACCAAGCGAAAGUUAUCUACCGAGACUUCAAAACUUCCAACAUCUUGCUCGAUGCAAACUUUGACGCUAAACUCUCAGAUUUUGGAUUGGCCAAGGAUGGUCCGACAGGUGGUAGGAGCCACGUCUCUACAAGAAUCAUGGGUACUUACGGAUAUGCUGCUCCUGAGUACAUGGCCACAGGGCAUUUGACCGCAAAAAGCGACGUGUACAGUUUUGGGGUGGUCCUUCUUGAAAUGUUGUCUGGUCGACGGGUAGUGGAUAAAAACAGACCAUCCGGAGAGCAGAAUCUUAUAGAAUGGGCCAAACCUUAUCUCUCGAGCAAGCGCAAGAUUUUCCAUGUCAUGGAUGCUCGUAUUCGGGGCCAGUACUCAUUGAGCGGAGCGCUGAAAGCAGCUACAAUUGCAGUCAAAUGCCUCUCACUGGAGGCCAAGUCCAGGCCCAACAUGAAGGAGGUGGUGAGAGCUCUGGAGCAACUCCAGGACUCCGAAGCGAGAGCAAUAACCGAAGCCCAACAGAACGCCAACAGAAACACACAUGCCGGUCCCAAGUACCGCCGAAGAAGCACCACCGACAUUAGUGAUGUCAAACCCACCAUAUAUACUCGGCCAUCUCUUUCUCCCGUUCAUACAUGAGCCAACUCGGCGAACUCAUCUUCUUUUCCAUGUGCACCGUCCGGUGCUACAACUCAAUUGACGGUAUGGACACACUUGCAUAUAUCGCAUUCUGUUCGUUGCUGUACAGCUGCUGUUUUUGCUUUUGGUUUCGCAUUGACGAAUAUAACAGCAUCGUGAGGGAGAGAUGGAAAGCACAGAUUCAAGCCGGAGCAGCUACAUUCGGGUGGCUAUUUUUCCAUGGCUGACGAACAUGCUAGGCCUUUGUUUGUUGUCAUUUUGUGAUGUAUCAGUCCUCAUCUAUCGUAACAUAUUCCAUAAAUUCCCCAUCGGGGGUGUAUUCUCUUAUGUGUAUACAAAGUCGUUGUACUUCGGCCACA